AUGAUAAGCCGGGAAAGUAUAGACGAAUGUUUGGAAUUGAAUAAAGACAUAGAUUAUGAAAUGGUUGUUUUCCAUGCAUUCAAUGAAGACCCGGAAAAAAUCGACCUUUCAGUAGCUGCACCUUUCUUCAAGAGCCGUUGUAUCGCUUAUCGCAAUAAUGAACUUUGUGACAGCACUGAUAUUUCCAAGGAGUUUGAUUACGAUAAAAUUAAUAGUGACAAUUUUGCAGUUGAAAUGCGACAGCUUAAGUCUUAUAUUAAAUUGAAGUUCAUCAAUAAAUUCAAACGAGACGCUGAUGAUUGGCGAGAAAUUGAAAAAUUGCAUAACCUAAGAAAUCGAAUGCAUAGAGAGUUGGCAAAAAACAAACCAAAAUGUCCAUAUUUUGACCGAAUGGAAGAUAAGGAAAGAAGAAUAUUAAUGCGUAGAUUUGACCUCAAUAAAUACAAGAAUUAUAUGGAGAUGGCAUAUGUAAUGAAGACUGACGUUGAAAAAUAUGUUGCAGCUAUGGUUAACUACAUCAAGAGCAAUAAAAAAGCCUGCUCGCUUGACGUCUUGAAGUUCAAACCUAAAGUCAGAGAGUUCGUUAAACAAAAGCAGAUCGAUGAUGCUGAUUCUAUAGACGAAGAAGAAAGUAAUUUAGUCCUAAUAGUUGAUGAAGAAAGUUGUCAAGACAACUUGUCU